AUGGCAACCACCAAUUCUGAGCUUUAUCUGGGCGACCUCGAGGCUGCCACCAGUGUCAUCCCGAAUGACAGGCCAUAUAUCAUGAUGAACUUGAUGAAUUUCAAGCCACACGCUAGAUACGCGAGCAAUUACAGGGGCCCGAGGUCUGAUAGCAUGACAGGGCGAGAAGCCUAUGUCAAAUACAAAGACAUGUUCGUCGAGCGAGCGACUGAGAUGGGAUUGGAAGUCUCCAUGAUUUUCCUGGGCACAGCCCAUACCCAGAUCGUUGCUGUGCCCGAAGAAGGCGAAAGCUGGGAUCUCAUCAUUAUUGUCAAAUACGCGUCCUGGCAGGCAUUCAAGUCUGUCCUUGUCGACAAGAAGUACAACGAAGAGAUCCAGCCACAUCGUAUUGCAUCGUUGCAGGAAUUUCGAAGCUUUGGUAUUACGGAAUUGUCAAAUGUUUAG